UGUCAUAAACACAUAGACAACAACAAUAUUCCGAUAGAUUUACAAAGCCCUUUUUAUUUUCCAGACACUAGAAGAAAACAGAAAUUGUUAUAAACUUGAUGGAGGCAUUCACAAAUCAUUGCCAGACAGAAACGUACCAACGAGACUGCUGAGGAAAAUGCGCGAUGAGGUAAAACCUGAAGUACAAUUCACUGGUGGAGCAACUUGUUCAGAGGAAGAUAGCAAAUGUACUUACGGGCUUACACCUGCCGAGGUCUACGAAUAUGAAGAUGAAAGUUUUUACCUGCAUUGUUAUUCUCGUCACCUUGGCGCCAAAAGUCGUACAACUAACACAGAACUUUGUUCUGCAUAUUCGACUCAGACCGAUUAUGAUGAUACAGCGAAUGUUGAAGAGGAUAAAAACAAAAUAACACAGAAAUACAGAUCAAGAUCACCACCCUUGUUACCAUUGUUACCACCUCGUAGACCAAUAGUGACGACACCGGAUCUGGUGCCCCCUACUUUUCCAGAUGACUAUGGAGACAUUUAUGAAGUGAAAAUAUUUCACAAGAAACCAAUACCCACGCCGAAAAAGAGGACCUCCUUGGCUAAUGAAGGUACGAGUGUUAAGGCAGUUUGA